CUUCCAUAACCGGCGAUCGCGAUGCCGCCUCCACCGCCGGGUCCCGCGCCACCACGCAAGCACGUGUACCAGUUCGUCGCAGUCAACGUGGUGCUGCCCGUGGCGAUUUACUACGUCGCGCAGGUGUUUACGUCUGACGAUGCACUGGCGCUGGCGCUGUCGGCGAUCCCACCUGGACUCGAAGCGUUGGUUCAAAUGGUCGUGUACGAGACAGUGGACCCGCUGUCGGUGUUUCAAAUCGUGUCGAUCGUGGUGGCCAUCGUGUUCAUGUGCAUCACGAACGACGCGAAGGUGCUGUUCGUCAAGGAUUCGCUGACCACGGCGCUGUGUGGCGCCACGUUGAUCGCGUCCACUCGAUGGAAACACAACGUUGUCUUGCGCUACUACUACAUGGUGGGCGUUCAAGACGACGGCAGGGAUGUCCCCCCUGCAAUCACGCAAGUGAGUGCGCACAUCUGCCGCGUGUGGGGAGGGCUCUUCAUCUUUGAAGCCGUCGUGCGCGUCGGAUUCAUAUAUAGUUGCUCAACCAGCGUGAUGGUGAUCGUGUCGCCAUGCCUGGCUUUGAUAUGCUCGGCGGCGGGCAUCAUGUGGGCUCGCACGUCCUUUGCCAAGCUAUCGAGUCCAACCGAGGAAAGAGCUCCACAAGUACACUGCGAACCGUACAGCCCCCCGCCAGUCAAGCUAGCAUGAUGACGAGAUGGACCGCAAGGAGGCUUGCCAAAGGAAGGGGCCACGAGGCGUUGAAAGCCCCCCCCCUCCAACAAUCCCUCGGAUGUCCACGAGUUGUCCAUUCUGGAAGCGGCGACUCGACCCUGCACACCUUGGGAGCUCUCCGCUCUCUCAGCGGACGGCUCGAUUUAUUCCACCCGGGAGCGUGGUAUUCAGGCCAUGGCUGGUAGAAGACAUGUUCUUCUCGUUAAAAAGUUUGUCCGAACUAGAUGGUUUGGUACAACGUGUGGCUGGGAUUCGCCGGAGCGUCGUCAGCUUUUGUGACCAGAUGAAAGUCGUGGGCUUUAGCAAAACGUACGGUCCAUGUGCACACGAUGACUGUGAAGAGCAAGGCCAGGCA